GCGCGACAGUGAGAAACCACUGAAACACAGUAACAGUCCUCACAACAGCUUCCAUUCCAUUCCUCUCAAUUUCGUUUCUCAUUCGAUUCGUUACCGUUCCCAAAUUCAGCGCAAGAAUGGACGAACCGGAGGCAGUAACCGCAGGGAGAAUGCCCCAACCCCAAUCUCCCAAAUUACGGUUUCCCCUCCCCGCCGUCGACGAAAAACUCGUCACCGGCCUCAGCACCAUUCUCGUCGCUUCCAUUCAAGAAGCCAAAGACCGAAUCUCCCAAAUCGAAUACGUUUUCUGCUCCCAGCUCUACCCUCACUUCCAAUCCAACACCGCCAAACUCUCCCACGAGCUCCUCGCGAAACGACGUCGCAUCGAACACCUCGAGCGCGAGGUCGACGAAGGCAUGGCACUUCAGAAGAGCCUCAUGGAGUUGGUGCAGUCCAAGGAGUCCUCGCUCAGAGACGCCGAAGAGAAGCGGAAAGCCGCUGUUUCCAAAUUCGAGAGUUGCGAGAACGAGAAGGCGAUUCUAUUGGGGAGAAUCGACGAUUUGGACGAUAAGUUGCGAGCGAAAUCGCGAGAAUUUGAAGAAGAGGCAUCAAAGAGGGUUCAAGACGAAGACUCGUAUCGGAAGCUGCUUGCAAGAGUGGAAUCGUUGACGUGUGAAUUGCAGGCUGAGAAAGCGAAGAGAGAUAGGGUAACUGAAGCGUAUAAGAGGCUUAAGUCUCAGCACAUUUAUCUUCGCCGAAAGGUUGGUCUCACUGAGGAAAACAUGCUUCACGAAAACGAAAAUAUGCAUCAGAGUCCAAUCACAGAACCUGGUCUCGCAUCUGAAAACAAUGACAUGACUAUGGGUGCUUGUGAAAUGGCUAAAGUGAAGAGUGAAAUCCGAGGGGAAGAAGACGGUGGAGGCCUUGAAAAGAAAACUCCAGACGUGUUUGUUUCUGGGUGUGACACAAAUGAAGUGAAGGUGAAGGUAUCAGAGGAUGACAGAGGAGCCAAUUUGUGUUCUCCUUCUUCUGGAUUUCGUGGUAGCUGGAAAUGUUCAUCCGGUACAAAUUUAGUCUCCGUUUCUGGUACAAAGCGGCCUGCAUCUUCAUGGAGGCAAACCAGUACCCAUCAUAGUCGAUCAGGUCCUGACCCUCAUGAUGAUUUUCUUGACACUCCUCUUGAGAAUGUCAGAGAAAUUUUAAAUAAGGAUUUGAAUAAGGAAGAGCUGCCACACCCAAUUCAGAAAGACAUUAGCAUGAACAGCUCAGAUGAUGAAACACAGGAUAUGAAUGCACGAAGCAGUCCCCAGAAAAAGCAAUCUUCAAUUACAGUGGUCAACAAAAGGAGUUUCAAGUAUGUUGAACUAGUGAGGAAGAAAGCUGAGCGUGAAAACUUAAAAGGAGUUGAAUGCAAACAAUGUAGAAAGUUCUAUGAUGCUGUUCUUCCUAAUGCUGAUGGCAAGGAUGCUGACAGCAGUAAGCAUAAUUUCCGCUGUGAGCACCAUGAUGGUGUUUCUAGACAUCGAUAUAGGUAUGUUCCACCCUUGACUCCCGAAGGAUUUUGGAAUAUUGGAUUUGAAUCUGAAAUAUAAGAAUAGAUUUUGGCCGGAUUGCUAUUGUUUGAUUUAUGAAUAGAUUUAAUAUCCAAUUAAACUUUGCCAACUUUUAUUUUCUUGUUGGUAAAUUUAAAAAAAGGAGUUUACCUAACCUUGGCUAUUAGAAUGUUAUCGACUGAUACAUGGAUCAUCUUACAGAGUCAUAAUGCCAAGAGGCAAAACUUUUCAUCGCCAGUUCAUGCGUAGGCAUACUA